GCCAACCUCGUGUUUGUGCCGUCACGUUUCACUUUCUCGAACCAUUUCAAUCCCGUUUGUGCUCGUUUCUGAAACCAUUCUGUGUCGCGCCAAAAUUUAGAUGCUCCCCCAGAUUUGAGUUAAAAAUUGGCACGAACGGCAAACGAAACCACGAUCCUCUCGGCUUUCAUCGCCAUCGCCAUCGUUAUUAUCGUCGUAGUCACGGCUCCCAUGCCCUAUCUGACGGAGCUGCCCUAUGACGUCCAUGUAUGAUUGAUGAUACCCGUAAAGCUCCCAUCGCGCGCGAUCUUGAAUUUGCGAAGGGCGAUACUCUGUCAUCGUCCAAUCUAGCCUGAGACCAUCAACGCUCGCGACGGCAUGUCGCCUCUAGUCCAUACAUCCGAUGGCGCAUCGAUAUCUCUGCCACGUCUGCGCUACCCUAUACCAAUCCAUGACACCCCUGAAACACUUGGACCCCGCGCUCUGGUAGGCGCCGAUACAGUGCCCCAGGGCUAUGGGAACGCACCAUUCGGCCCAGAACCUGGGACAGUCGCCGGCAUCGUCCUCGGCGCGGUCGCCGGGUUCCUACUACUCCUUGGAUUGGUAUACUGGUGCAUAAAUAUCGGGCAGGGACCGCGAAUGGUCGAGGAGGGGUCGGUUGGUGGUGGGUCUGCAUCCGUGGUAUCCUGGCACUCACGACCGCGCGGUCCGCCUCGAAGACAUCAUCGGCGCAGCAGGCAUUCCCCGCGGCACGAGACGGUCGAGAUUCGAAGGGAGAGGGAGAGAGUUGUUCCCGUCCGGGUCGAACACGAGGACCAAAUUGUCGUCGAAGAGUUUCAGUCGAGAUCUCGGUCGCGAUCCCGCCCCAUGAGCCGAGGGCCGCCGCCGCCUAGAAGUGUGCUGAGUGAAGGAGAUGACAUGAUUGUCGUUGAGGAGGACCGCACACCACCGCGGAGAAGGAGGGAUAGCAUGAGAAGCCAGCGCACGAGAAGUCCGUAUAGAGAAGAUAUUUAUGUACGGGAUGUGAGUCGGCGUAGGAGUGGUUCAAGGGCAUGAGAUUUAUGUACGAAUGAGAAACGACAUGCCUGUGUAGGAAUAGGUGUUGCCUGGGUCUAUCCGCUCUACGCUAUUUAGCAGAAAGGCCGUGGGAGAUUAUGGUUUCU